AUAGAGGAGCAUAAGAAAUCUGUCACAAAGCCAACAAUAUUUAUUGUGUACAAUGACAGUUUUUAAUGCAUUUUUUUUCUAUUGGUGGUGGUAGAAAAAAACAGUCUAACUCAUGAAACUGAACUGUUCUUGCACUUCUUCAGACUUGCCACAUCGCCAUGGAUCUUGAAGAUGCCCGUUGACUUCCCUUUCCCUCACCUCCUCCCUUUGUCAUGGAGUCUGACCCGAACUCCCUCCGUGACCCCUACAAACCUGUGGAUGACAACGUUGAGCCCCCCGAUCUGGAAUGCGCCAUCUGUUUCUGCCAGUUCAACAACGUCUUCAACACCCCUAAGGUACUCCAAUGCAAGCACACCUUCUGCCUGGAGUGUCUUGCGCGGAUGAACGUGAAGUCCACCCAACCCGACACCAUCCAGUGCCCUCUGUGCCGCGCAUACACCCUGUUACCCGACUUGGGUCUUCCCAAGCUAGCAAAUGACUCCACGGUGCUGUCUUACCUUCCGGCCGCCAUGCAGCACGUCUACAGCAUCCGCUUCAACCGCAACAAAGGCAAACUGCAGGUGAAGAGAGUGCCCAGCUCUGCCCCGGCCCUAACGCAAACCGUCAGCCAGACUCUGGACGUCUGGAACCCAGCGGGCUUGGAGGGUCAGCGGGGCAGAGACGGGGGUAGAGAGAGGUCCCUACUGAUGACCGUACUGCGAAUGCCACUGUGCAAAGCUUUUAUUAUGAGCAUGGUGGCAAUAGUGACCGUCAUUCUCACCAUUGUUAUCAUCACCACCAACAGGAAGUAAGCCCAAAUACUUGGUUUUUACAUGUACGCUAGAGCAUGCGUACAGUGGCGUAACACGAACAUCACGCGCAACUUGAUUUUUCCAAUGCCGCGUACAAUGUACGCACAGCUUGCACAUUUUUUUUUGCACUAAAUAGGUUGUCCACAAGGUGGCGACACUGGUUCGGCCCGUUGUUUCGCAGUCGGAAAAGAAAUGGAAUGAGAACAGUAACAAACUACGAUGACAAAAACAAUAUAGACUUCUGCAUUGACAAGCGAUUGUCUAAGGGGAUUAAAAUACACCAGCGACUAACAAA